AUGAAGUUUUGCGCGAAUUUGGCAUUUAUGUUCACUGAAACAUCUUCGAUAUUAGAAAGAUACGCUUUGGCCAGAGAUGCCGGCUUCAAAGCAGUAGAGACUGGGUUUCCGUUUGGACACACAUUGCAGGCGGUAAAACAGGCCAAAGAAAACGCCGGAAUAGAACAAGUGUUGAUAAAUCUUCUGACAGGAGAUGUAACUAAAGGAGAAUUAGGAGUGACGGCUGUACCAGGCAAAGAAAAUGAAUUCCAGUCUAACCUCAACUACACUAUUGAAUUUGCAAAGGCUGUUAAUGCUAAGAAAAUUCACAUUAUGGCUGGAAAACUUGAAACAGUCACCGCUAAGAAUUGGGAAACUUACGAGAACAACUUGAAAUAUGCAGCGAACAAGCUAAACGAAGUUAAUAUCUUAGGGGUAAUUGAACCGAUCAAUCAACAUUCUGUGCCCAAUUAUUUCUUAAGCAACUACGAAAAAGCUAUUGAAAUAAUAAAACGAAUUGGUAGUCCCAACAUAAGGCUGAUGUUGGAUAUUUUCCAUUUACAACAGAUCUGCGGUGACAUAACACACAAUAUAAAAAAAUUCAUGCCAUAUGUUGGUCAUAUUCAAAUAGCUCAAGUACCAAAUAGGAAUGAACCAGACACUCCUGGGGAGAUAAAUUACGAGUACGUACUUAAGCAGGUGGAAUUUUAUGGUUAUGACGACUGGAUCGGACUUGAAUACAAACCUGCCAACAGUACAAAAGAUGGUCUUAAAUGGAUCGAAAGCUUCGGUUAUAAAUUAUAA